AUGCCCUACCGAUACAUCAGCCCAGACCUCAAAGAGUGCACUCUGCGCCUUUGGGAGCUUGGUUGGACAAAGGAGCUCAUUGUUGAGAGCCUCGCCAUUUCCCAGGCCAGUCUAUACAGAUGGAAUGACAUCUUUCUUGAAUAUGGCAACGUUGCUCACCCUCCUGAAUCUUACAAUCCUCGUGGAUGCCACAGGAUCUUGACUCGGUCUAUCCUUACAGCAAUAAAGGAUGUCUAUAGGGCAGAAGCUGACACAUAUCUGGAUGAACUGUGUUGGUGGCUUGCGGUCGAACAUGACAUUGUUAUAUCUACUUCCGCACUCCAGGAGAACCUUCGAGAGGCUGGUUUGACAUGGAAGCUGCUUCACAAGAUAGCUCAUGAGCAAGAUGAAGCUCUACAGAUGGAAUUCAGAGCAACAGACCAUGAUACAGCAUAUUGGUAUGGCUAUGCAAUGCAGGGGGAGCAUGCUGAUUUUGUGGACAAUUUUGUGUGUGGGGAUCAAUAUUCACUGGUCACUGCACUUGCUCUUGAUGGAUAUAUUGCACACCGAGUCAUUCCUGGAUCAUUUGACUUCAUGAAAUUCUUUGAUUUUGUCACAGAAGAUGUGGUCACUCAAAUGAAAUCAUUUCCACAGCCACGAAGUAUUCUCAUCCUCAAUAACUGCCGCAUACAUCAUAAUGAGGCCCUUAUUGACCUUGUCAAUGGUGCAGGUAGGGUCCAUGCUUACGUCUUAACCUAG